ACCCUACCACCCACUGCCGAUCAUCUCUCUCCGUCUGUACCUCUAUUCCUGCUCCACUAGCCCAAUCAUGGACCUCGCAGUGAGGUGUGCGUUCCUGCUCUCCAGCUUCGCCGUGCUCGCAGCGCUCGAUCUGGACGCGAUUGAUCCCGGCUACUAUGUGGAGACCAGCAGCCCGUCAGAUGUGAUCGACUACAAAGAUCCCUGCAAAGCUGUUGCUUAUCUCGGAGACAUCGCGCUGGAUGAGGAAGAUAUGCGCAUGUUUAAAGUGGACCGCAUUGUGAAUUUAGCAGAGAGAACAGUCACAAUUCUGAAUCACACAAAUACAGGUUUAGUUAACAAUGAGACGAAUACAAACGAUACGGUGUCCAGUCGGGGAUCCCAUCGGAGGAAGAGGGCAGCGACGUCCAGACCUGAGAGGGUGUGGCCCGAGGGAGUCAUCCCUUACGUCAUCAGCGGGAACUUCAGCGGAAGCCAGCGAGCCAUAUUCAGACAGGCCAUGAGACACUGGGAAAAACACACAUGUGUGACGUUCAUCGAGAGAACAACAGAGGAGAGCUACAUUGUCUUCACCUACCGGCCGUGUGGGUGCUGCUCGUAUGUGGGCCGGAGAGGAGGGGGUCCGCAGGCCAUAUCCAUCGGGAAGAACUGUGAUAAGUUUGGGAUUGUGGUGCAUGAGCUCGGUCACGUGAUCGGAUUCUGGCAUGAGCACACGCGACCCGACAGAGACGAUCAUGUCAGUAUCAUACGGGACAACAUUCAGCCAGGACAGGAGUACAACUUCCUGAAGAUGGAGCCUGGUGAGGUGGACUCACUCGGAGAGGUCUAUGACUUCGACAGCAUCAUGCACUAUGGAUUUUUAAGAGGGAUAUUUUUGGACACCAUUCUGCCACGAUAUGAUGUGAACGGAGUUCGGCCACCCAUCGGUCAGAGGACCAGAUUGAGUAAAGGAGACAUCGCACAGGCACGCAAACUUUACAAGUGUCCAAGAUGUGGAGACAGUUUGCAGGAGAGCAGUGGGAACUUCUCUUCUCCUGGUUUUCCGAAUGGUUAUUCAGCAUAUAUGCACUGCAUAUGGAGAAUUUCAGUCACACCUGGAGAAAAGAUCAUUCUGAACUUUACAUCAAUGGAUUUAUACCGGAGUCAUUUGUGCUGGUAUGAUCAUGUGGAGAUCAGAGAUGGAUUUUGGAGGAAAGCACCGUUGAAAGGUCGAUUUUGUGGGGAUAAAUUACCGGAGCCGAUCAUCUCUACAGACAGUCGCCUGUGGAUUGAGUUUCGCAGCAGCAGCAACUGGGUGGGAAAGGGCUUCUCUGCUGUUUAUGAAGCUAUUUGCGGUGGGGAGGUAAAGAGAGACAAUGGUCAAAUUCAGUCUCCGAAUUACCCAGAUGACUACAGACCUAACAAAGUGUGCAUGUGGAAGAUCACUGUUGCUCAGGGUUACCAUGUAGGCCUUACCUUCCAGUCUUUUGAGAUCGAGAGGCAUGAUAACUGUGCGUACGACUACCUGGAGGUUCGAGAUGGGAACUCAGAAAGCAGCCCGCUGUUGGGCAGAUUCUGUGGUUAUGACAAACCCGACGAUAUUAAAUCCAGUUCCAACCAGCUCUGGAUGAAAUUUGUGUCUGAUGGGUCUGUCAACAAAGCUGGAUUUGCUGCAAAUUUCUUCAAAGAAAUGGACGAGUGCUCCAGACCUGACAACGGUCGCUGUGAGCAGCGCUGUGUCAACACGCUCGGUAGUUACAAGUGCGCCUGUGACCCUGGGUAUGAGCUGGCUGCAGACAAACGGAGUUGUGAGGCUGCCUGUGGUGGUUUCAUCACCAAGCUGAAUGGGUCCAUCACCAGUCCAGGCUGGCCCAAAGAGUAUCCACCCAACAAGAACUGCAUCUGGCAGCUGGUGGCGCCUACGCAGUACCGCAUCACGCUGCUCUUCGACGUCUUUGAGACGGAGGGGAACGAUGUGAGCACUAGGUUUUUGCCUCAGCUUGGGGUGUGUAAGUAUGACUUUGUUGAGGUGAGGAGUGGUCUGUCCGCCGACUCCAGACUUCACGGGAAAUUCUGCGGAGCUGAGAAACCGGAGGCCAUCACUUCUCAGUACAACAACAUGCGCAUUGAGUUUAAAUCUGACAACACAGUCUCUAAAAAAGGCUUCAAGGCCCAGUUCUUCUCCGAUAAAGACGAGUGCUCUAAGGAGAACGGCGGAUGUCAGCAUGAAUGUGUGAACACCUUUGGCAGCUACAGUUGUCAGUGCAGAAGUGGCUUCGUUCUGCAUGAGAACAAACAUGACUGCAAGGAAGCUGGCUGUGAUCAGGUUGUGAACAGCGUGAGUGGGACCAUCACCAGCCCCAACUGGCCAGAUAAAUACCCCAGUAAGAAGGCCUGCACCUGGGCCCUCUCCACCACCCCGGGACAUCGGAUCAAAAUAGCUUUCAAUGAACUCGAUAUGGAGCCUCAUCUGGAAUGUGCUUAUGACCACAUUGAGAUUUACGACGGUCGGGAUGGGAAAGCACCAAGCCUUGGACGCUACUGCGGCACCAAGAAACCUCAACCGAUUAUAUCCACCAGCAACAAGAUGUUCAUCCGCUUCUUCUCUGAUAACUCAGUGCAGAAGAAAGGCUUCGAGGCAUCCCAUACUGCAGAGUGCGGAGGCCGUCUGAAAGCGGAGGUGAAAACUAAAGACCUCUACUCUCAUGCCCAGUUUGGUGAUAAUAACUACCCCGGGGCGUCAGACUGUCAGUGGGUGAUCACAGCAGAGAAGGGUUACGGCGUGGAGCUCAUCUUCCAGACCUUCGAGAUCGAGGAGGAGGCCGACUGUGGCUAUGAUUACAUGGAGCUGUUUGAUGGGGCGGACAUCAAAUCACCCAGACUAGGCCGCUACUGUGGAUCAGGGCCUCCAGAAGAGAUCUACUCCGCCGGUGACUCCAUCGUCAUCAAAUUCCGCUCAGACGACACCAUCAAUAAGAAGGGCUUCCAUGUGCGUUACACCAGCACCAAGUUUCAGGACACACUCCACUCCCGUAAGAAGUGACCCUUAGUGGCCGGGAGGGGCCGUGCAGGGCCUAGGGGGAAGCGAAAGGGCCCCAAGGGAAGGGCCUCGUCCAUCGCUCGGAGCCCCCCGGCCGCCAAGAACACCCAGACUCAACGGACCAGCCGCAAGAACGCCAACCGCACCUCAAUAGUUCACAGGGGUUCUGGCAUCCCCUAAUGACUGUGAGGAGUAAAGCCAUUCCACAGUAGACCUUGUUUUUACCUUUUUUUAUUAUUACAUUCGGGGCAAGAUGUGGAGGGGGAGGAGGGAGGGGGGUUGAAUGUAUUCAGUUGCUGGAUACCAAUAUAGGGGCGAAAUCAAGUAUGGGAAGGGUGGGUGUAGCUGAUUGGAUACUGGAACCCAGCUCCUUUUUUCAACUUUCAUGAGCCGAGAGUGUGUUGAAAAACACAAAUACACUGAGGAACUCCUGCAGGAGAACCGAGCAGUCAACCAAACUCACAAACCAGUCAUCUGUGCAACAGUGGGAUAGAGGAAGUGAGAAAUGAGUGAAGCAGGGGCAUUCAGGACGGUGUUCCUCGCAUAUUUUCCAACCUUGAAACGUGAAAUUUACCGCUACACUGUGGGGAAACAACCGUCUCUUCUUGACAUUAUUGGCAUUGCUUGUUCAUAAAUAGUCUCCUUGGCCAUUGUGGGCCAGUUUCUUUGUCGUUACUUGAGCAAAUGACACUGUAUGUCAAAGAGAUGCAUGUGGUACAGCUAGAAGGAAAUGUGAACGUAAUGGCACCAGCAUUUGUAAUAACUCGUUUUUUCCUGGCCAGUAGUGCAGAUGGUUCCCUGCCCGAAAUUACCACUCUCUCAAGGAGGUUUUUCAGAAUCAGUUAUCAUAUUAAAAAAGACUAAUAAACAAAACGUGGCCCAUGUCUGAUGGCUGUUAAUUGCUUUUGCAUAAAAACAGGAUAAUAUGGUGGAAAAGAUUUAGUUUUCGUUAAUUUAAGCACACACUUUUCCAAGGUCCUGUUAAUUUGCUGCUGUCCUCGUAACACUCACUCUGUGCUUCGCCAGUCAUGAACAAAUUAGGCACAAUCGCAUGAAAAUUGGUGGGCCCUCUUGUGUCCUGUCAUCCCACUGCUGUUUUCUUUUAUCUUCUUUUCCCUCUUUUUCAGGCUCUUUCCUCACAGUACAUGACCAACAGUUUCUUUCAAAAUUAGCAUCAUCUUAUUAUAGCUGUGCGUGUGGACCUUAGUCAGGGUAGACAAUAUAAAAAAUGUAAAAUUAGACAUGACCUAUGAACUUACAGAUGUAGUUCAAUCAAAGAGUCUGUCAUCAUUUACUCCGAAUUUGAGUAAAUGACUUAAUUUCUUUUGUGAAACACAAAAGAAGCCAUUUGGAAGAACGUCUUUGUCCAUACAAUGAAAGUCACUAGGGUCCAAAACAACAUAAUGUUGGAAUCCAUUGACUAUUGUUCUAUGGACCCAAAAACAUACCCUGAAACAUUCUUCAAAACAUCUUGUGCAAAAGAAAGAAAGGUUUGGAAUAACACGAGAGUGAGUAAAUGAUGCCAGAAUUUUCAGUUUUGGGUGAAUUAUCUCUUCAAGACCUGACACCUAUUGAACAAACUAUAGUGUCUCUUUUUAAUUCAGGUCAGAUUACAUAUGGUUUCUACUCUGACUAAGGUCCGUUGUCUCUGCACCCAAUACAAUUUUGAGUUAAAACCUAAAGGGAUUGUCCUUUUUAGCAGUCCUCAGAUGGCCUAUUGCUAGAUAGAUGUUGCUCUUACACCGAUGACUAUGGGGAAACUGUUAAAACUGUGUAAAAUUUUCAUUUGUAACAAUAAUGUACCUCACCGUGUGGGAGAGUGUUGGGAUGGUGCUAUUUCAAAUGAACCCUGCGCCCCAGUCAUUACGGUCACUUGGAAUCGCUCUUUUUCCAUUGAUAUGCAAUGUCAGUUGGGAAAAGAGGAUGUUUGAUGUCAAAUCUGUGUGGUAUAGUUCUGAAUAGUGUGAUCCCCAGGGUUGAUCGUUUGAAGUGUUAGUGCACUCCAUUUCCUGGAUCAUCCCUGUGAAGUAUGCAGUCUGCAUUGCUGCUCCCUACCUCUCUGUCUCUCUCUCUAUUUCUGGCCCCUACAGAACUCCUUCAAAGGCUGUUGACUCUGUCUCUUCCGUUUCAACCGCUCUUUUCAUCAUAUGAUAUCAUUUCACACCUGUUUGCCUUUGUGGAUUUAACUAAAGCUCUUUUAAAUCUCAGGUUCAGGAUAUCUGAUUGUUGUUACCCACUGAAUCAUUUCAAGACACUAGAUUUUAAUCGUUGCAGGACAUGGUUACUGUUUGACUUGGAUGUGUGGAAUCCAGGAAGGCAAACGACGAGGAUUAUGGUUUUAAGAGGACACAUUUUGGGGUUUUCAAAAGGUUUUAGACAUUUCUGCAAUGCCUUUCAUCUGAACCUUCAAGCCACGUGUGCUGUGACCAAACAAGUUGCUUGAUAUAAGUCCUUGCAAGCUUGCCCUCAUGCUCAAGAUCAACUAACUUCUAUCCUAGUUCUUCAAAUGGAUUUUAUUUUGUGUGUCUAAGAGAACGUCUAUACCCAAUUUAGCAUCUCUUUAUUUGAAUAUGCUUCCUAGCAUAGCUUUUUAGAGUAGUGGAGCACUUGUACAUUUAGCUAAUCGAAGCACAUUCUCCUAAGCAUUAAUAAUGUUUUUAAUACCCAGGUUAUUUCUUGUUAGAAAUAGAGUGUUUUGUGGGCAAAUGUGGGAUUCAAAUGAUCUGUUUUAGCACAUUUCUGAAAUGUUACCUCAGCAUUAUAGUGUAUGCUUGGUUUAUUCACUCUGACCGGCCUUCCCACACAAGACUUGGUACAUGUUUAUGCAUUUUAUCAUAUGUAUGUAUGUAAAUAUGUAUUAAUGUAUUCAAAGUACACUAAACCAUAGAUAAAUUGAUGAGAACUAAGGCUGUGUAAUUGCAGACAAAAGAUGCAAUUUAUUUAUAUUGUAUAGCUAAUUUUCACCUAUGUAUUGCACAUAGUGUUAACAAGUGCAUCUAUUUCAUAAAAUGAUAUUUUCAUUUUGAAA